AUGAGGCGAAUCAGGAAAGAGCGAAUGCCGCUGGCGCGGUUUCCGGUCACGGAGGCGCUUUACUCGGCGAUCCGCCUUCAACGUGGGAAAACCAAGGAUCAACCGCAAUACGUGAGUCCAGGGCUACUAGACCAUGUUUUCGAGCGCGUAUCUCCCUACCUUCGUCGAAACCCGCCGGUAGACAUUCUGGACCUUUGGCCCGGGGGUGGUUUCUGCUCAUCUAGACUGAAUGAACUCAUUAAACCACGUCGCCAUAUUCUUGUUGAACCAAAUCAUGCCUUUCACGGCCUUCUCACACGCCUCGCUAAGAGCAAGCCGUGUUAUAAGCUCGUCGAUGAUCGCAUAUAUGGGAAAGCCGAUUGGUCUGAAUUCUUUGCAACUCAUCUUCCAGAACAAGGGCCUGGAAACCGAGAAGGCUCUGCGAUUAUACCAAGGAACGAUACACUUCUCAUCAUGGCUAAUCUGCCUGAUGCUGUCUCUCCGACGGAUCAUUUCAAACCCAACCGCUGGUUUCUCAGCUUCAUGAAAAGCUGCUUAGAACAGAAUGGGUUGAAUUUGUACGGGGCCGUACGAGUCAUUGCCUCAUUGCCCUUCAAUGGAGUCUCGAAUAUGCUACCUCGGUCCACUACAGAGCGCACACGAACUGGUGUAUUUGCGGAGACCAUAGGCUUGCACAACAUAGAGAUUGCCACUCCAGCUGAAACUGAAAACUCCCUUCGAUGGCAAGGCUGGGAUUACUUAAAUGACAACAGGAAGCUCGUGGCUGAAAGAGCUGCGGCGAAUAAUAUUAUCACUCCACCUGACAGAGAGCUUCCUCCGUUAAAGCUGGUGCCAGAAGUUGUUCACCGCGGCAAAAAAGAAAUACCAAACCAGCCGCGAGUGCUUAGUGAUGUUCACCAGAGGCUCUUGGCGGACAUCGCGGCAGCAGACGAGUUGGGUCUCUCUUCGAGCCACGAGACCACAGACCCCAAUAUCAAAGCCAUCAUUCGACGGCGAGGAAUAGCAUUCACGCACCUCACUAGGGAAAAUUCAGCCCAUCAGUUUCGCGAAAAGCUUGUCAACAUAAUCAUUAAGCUUGACGAACUGGGCCGGUCAUUUGCACGUGCGGCUGCGGAUCCUAAGGAGAGUGUUGAGAGUCUGAAGGCUCUGGAAGAUCAGAUAAUAUCUCUCAAAUCAAGUUAUACUACUUUGAUCUCAACUUCUCACUGGACAAUAUGGGAAAAACAUAAUUUCACAAUCGAUGAUCUUCGCUUCCGCUCGGUUGAAGCCCCCAAAAAUGGCGGCCUGGUACAUGACCGACGACCAUUUGAACCCCUAUACAUCGACCCAGAGGAGAUUUAUCCUCGUGGGAGCGGGCGCGGAGUCAUAUAUUUCGAAGCGGACCCUAACCCGCCCGUUCUGAAGAAGGCCUUUGACCUACCGAGCGCAAUGGUACAACCAGUCCUCGACCGGUAUUAUGGACUGUUAGCAUUUGUGUCCAACAAGAUGCCGGUUGCCGAACUCCUUACAACACUUUUCCCGAAUGAGACUAUCAAUAGUCAUGUGCGGGAUAUUCCAAGCCUUGCGAACUUUGCCGAAAGAAGACUCAAGCCUGGCUAUGGGCCGAUGCCCUUGCCAGAUGGUUCAACUUCAGACCCAGCUUUCAGCUACCAGGAGAACGUGGACUAUGAUUUGAGCGGUGUUCGACUCCGCAUUCUUUCCGCAGAAACCCUGUUGGAUAUCGCGAUCAAGUAUGAGAAGCUUCCGGAUAAGCUCCCUGCUUUCUCCUUCAGCCGAGCUCUGGGUGGGACAUUGACCCAGGCGCAGCUAUGCAAUGGGGCUAAUAACCCUACUGGCUUGAAGAUCAAAUAG